AUGGUGGGGAUCCCAGGGAACCUAGUCAUCCUCUAUGCCUUCACCCACAUGUUAAUGUGCCAUGGAAAAGUCACGCCCUCUGAAAUUAUACUGAGCAACCUCACGCUCUCCAACCUCCUGGUUAUCCUGACCCAGGGGAUCCCCGUCACCCUCAAAACCUUUAGGCUUCAGAAUAUGUACAAUGACCUGGUCUGCAAAAUUACCCUCCAUAUUUACUGUGUGGGCAGAGCCAUGACCAUCUGCAUCACCUCUCUGCUGGGCUGUUUCCAGUGUAUCCUCAUUGUCCCAUCUCCUUGCAAAUGGUUGCGCUUGAGAGAGAACCUGCUGAAAAAUCUCUCCUCAGUUAUGAUUUCCAUGUGGUGCUUCAACCUUUUUGUGUGCAGUACCCACCUGGCUUAUUCCUCCUCCCAGGCUGCUGCAAACUCCUCCAUCAUCAAAAGCCACACAGUGGUGUACAACUUCUGCUACAUGGUGUUCCCCAACCACCUUUUGUACUUGGGAAACGGGGCGGUGUCUGUCAUUCGGGACUUGUUCUUCCUGGGAGUCAUGACUCUUUCCAGCUGCUACCUUCUCUCCAUGUUUUAUCAGCACGGGAAGCAGGCAAAACAUCUAUUGGGGCUGCACACAAAGCAUGCGGAGAUCCAGGCAGCCAAAGCCGUGGUGGCCCUGUUAAUCAUGUACCUUCUCUGUUUCGGGCUGGACAGCCUCUUCUGGAUCUCUACCCUCUGUAUGAAUCCUGUCUCACUGAGCUUCAUUGAUGCCCGGAUGUUCCUUGAUUCCUGCUACUCGGCCAUCAGCCCACUGCUGAUUAUCCUGACCAACAAGAAGGUACAGACAGCUUUGAAAUGUGCAACCAGGAGGAGACAGUUACCAGGUGCAGACAGCAUCUCAAAGUAUAUCCAAUAG